GAACCAAAUGUCAUGGCUGAUGAAGAGCUGAGUGCCCGAGCUGCCAAAAAGGGAAGUUUGUCACCCAGCGGCUCCCGGGGCAGCACGACCGAGUCGAGCACACUGCUGCAGGAGCUGAAAAGCAGCAUCUCCAAAUCCGUGCAGAACAAAGUGGACUCCAUCCUGCAAGAUGUCCAGAAGUUCUCAGACAAUGACAAGCUCUACCUCUACCUCCAGCUGCCGUCGGGACCAAGCUUGGGGGAAAAGAGCGGUAGCCUGGACCUGAGCUCGCUGAGCACAGCCGAGUACAUGCACGCGUGCAACUGGAUCCGAAACCACCUGGAAGAGCACACGGACACCUGCCUGCCCAAGAAGGAUGUCUACGACGCCUACAAGCGAUACUGUGAUAACCUCUGCUGUCGCCCGCUGAGCACCGCCAAUUUCGGCAAGAUCAUCCGGGAGAUCUUCCCAAACAUCAAAGCCCGACGGCUGGGAGGCCGAGGACAGUCGCAGUACUGCUACAGCGGGAUCCGGAGGAAGACGGUGGUCAGCCUGCCACCCCUGCCCAGCCUGGACCUCAAAGUGACAGAGACU